AUGGAGGCGGCGAGAAGUUUGGUGUUUGUCGGGGCCGUUCUGCUCGGAGUGACGGGUGUCUUGGGCAGAGAAGUGUGCCUGGGUACAGACAUGAAGCUGGCCCUGCCCUCCAGCCUGGAAAAUCACUACGAGACCCUGAGACUGCUGUACACUGGCUGCCAGGUUGUCCAUGGCAACCUGGAAAUUACACACCUCCAUGGAAACCCUGACCUCUCUUUUCUGCAGGGCAUUGUGGAGGUGCAGGGUUAUGUUCUGGUUGCACAUGUCUCGGUGAGCCUCGUGCCUUUGGAUAACCUUCGGAUCAUAAGAGGCAGCCAGCUGUAUAACUCCAACUAUUCACUGGUCGUGUUGGAUAACGCUUGGGACAAUCAGGGACUGAGAACCCUCAGGCUUCGAAGCCUCACAGAGAUUCUGUUAGGUGGCGUUUAUAUUUGGGGGAACCCCCAACUGUGCUUCCCGGACCCCCAGAGCAUCAUUUGGAAGGACACAUUGGAUGAGAAGAACGUGAACUUCGGGUUGCACCGACUGCAGCCGCGGGCCCCUAAAUGUCCAAAUUGUUCCCCAACCUGUGAAAAAAGCUGUUGGGGAGAAACUGCACAGGAUUGCCAGAUAUUGACCAAAAUUAAGUGUGCGUCCGGCUGCCAGAGGUGUAAAGGUCCACUUCCUAAUGACUGCUGUUACAGCCAGUGUGCGGCUGGAUGCACCGGACCCAAAGAGUCAGACUGCCUUGCGUGCCGUCAUUUUAAUGACAGUGGUGUUUGUAAAGAGAACUGCCCUCCUCCCACCAUCUACGACACUCUCACCUUUCAGUCCAAACCCAACCCAGACAAAAAGUUUAAAUUUGGAGCAACCUGCAUCAAGACCUGUCAUUACAAUUAUCUGGCUUUCGACAUGGCUUGUACGUUGGUUUGCCCCCGGGCCAACCAGGAAGUUAUCGUCACCCAGCCCGACGGAACUGAAACACAGAAAUGCGAAAAGUGUGAAGGAGAUUGUCCUAAAGUUUGUUAUGGGCUGGGUAUGGACAACCUCGGUGUCAUGGAUAACCAUGGCGUCACCAUGGUAACGUCCUCUAAUGUGGAGCAGUUCAACAAGUGUAAAAAAAUCUUUGGAAGUCUUGCUUUCCGCCCACAGAGCUUUGCAAGGGACCCUGUUACCAACACAUCUGGCCUGACUCUUGAGCAGCUGAGCGCCUUCAAGAAACUGGAGGAAAUUACAGGUUAUCUGUACAUUGAUGCCUGGCCAGAGGAGUGGACUAACCUGAGUGUGUUUGAGAACCUGAAGGUGAUCAGAGGCAGGAUGCUCUAUAUGGGUGUGUUUUCCCUUGCCAUUCAGAAUCUACACAUCCACUCUCUUGGGUUGCGUUCACUACGUAGUGUCAGUGGAGGCUUGGUCUUGUUGUACAACAAUUCACAAUUGUGCUACACCAAUUCAAUACCAUGGAAGACUAUCCUUCAUCCCACCCAAGGGCCCCAGCGCAUCGUAAGCCAGAACCGAGACCAUCAAGUCUGUGAGAAGGAGGAGCGUGUGUGUCACCCUCUGUGUGAGGGCGGCUGUUGGGGUCCCGGCCCCAGCCAGUGUGUGUCGUGCAAGUCGUUUCACCGUGGGACGGAGUGUGUGGAGCAGUGUGAUGUCUAUCAGGGGGCUGUGCGAGAACACAUAGUUGAAUCUGCGUGCAUUCCCUGUCAUGCAGAGUGCCGACCGGUCAACGGCUCUGCGUCCUGCCAUGGCCCGGGAGCGGAGCAUUGCACGGAGUGCCGGAACUACCAGGACGGAGAGUUUUGCGUGGAUCACUGUCCCAGUGGAGUGAAGGAGGAUCAGCAAACCGUGUGGAAGUACAGCAAUGCCUCCGGCCACUGCCUGCCCUGCAACACUAACUGCACGCUGUUCUGCACCGUGAUGGACGACAGAGGCUGCCCGGUGGAUACCAGGACAGGACCCGGAACAACCAUCGCGGCUGCAGUGGGUGGAGUGGUGCUCUUCUUCAUCCUUCUGGCUCUGCUGGUCUUUUAUCUGAGGAGACAGAAAAAGCUGAGGAGGAAGGAGACGGUCAGGAGGUACCUCCAGGAGCAGGAGCUGGUGGAGCCUUUAACCCCCAGCGGGGCAUCUCCCAAUCAAGCCCAGAUGCGUAUCCUGAAAGAGACCGAGUUGAAAAAGCUCCGGGUGCUCGGUGCAGGGGCCUUCGGCACUGUCUUCAAGGGGAUGUGGGCCCCUGAGGGGGAACAUGUUAAAAUACCAGUGGCUAUUAAGGUGUUGCGGGAGAACACUUCGCCAAAGGCCAACAAAGAAAUCCUUGACGAGGCCUAUGUGAUGGCGGGGGUCACCAGCCCCUAUGUGUGCCGUCUCCUGGGGAUUUGCCUGACCUCCACAGUGCAGCUGGUCACUCAGCUGAUGCCGUUUGGCUGCCUGCUGGACUACGUCCGGGAGAACAAGGACCGCAUCGGCUCACAGUUCCUCCUCAACUGGUGUGUCCAGAUUGCCAAGGGGAUGAGUUAUCUGGAAGACAUCCGGUUGGUCCACAGAGAUCUGGCAGCUCGAAAUGUUCUGGUCAAGAACCCCAACCACGUGAAGAUCACAGACUUUGGUCUGGCCCGUUUGCUCGACAUAGAUGAGACAGAGUAUCAUGCCGAUGGAGGGAAGGUCCCAAUAAAAUGGAUGGCUUUGGAGUCUAUUCUGCACAGAAAGUUCACUCAUCAGAGUGAUGUCUGGAGCUACGGGGUGACAGUUUGGGAGCUGAUGACAUUUGGCUCAAAGCCUUACGACACCAUUCCAGCGCGGGAAAUCCCAGAUGUUCUGGAGGGAGGGGAGCGUCUUCCCCAGCCCCCCAUCUGCACCAUCGAUGUUUACAUGAUCAUGGUCAAAUGUUGGAUGAUUGAUCCAGAUAGCAGGCCAAAGUUUAAAGACCUCGUCCAGGAGUUAAGUGCCAUGGCCAGAGAUCCAUCUCGCUAUUUGGUCAUUAAGAACGAUGAGCAGAUGAGCACGAGCAGCCCCGUGGACAGCCAGUUUUACCGGAUGCUCCUUGAAGAGGGGGACAAUAUGGGGGAAAUGAUGGAUGCUGAGGAGUAUCUGGUUCCCCAGCCAAACCUCUUCCCCAGGGCCGCAGCCGAUGAGUCACAGGCCAACGGGCCGUCCAGACACCAGUCCUACAAGAGCAGAGAUCAUGGCUUAGACAUGGAGCCCUCACUUGCUGCUGGCCCUCGGAGCAUGUGCUCCUCGCUGAGUACCCUUGGCCGCGGCCAGUACCCCACCCUACCUUUGGGAGCCGGUGUGGCCAACGGCAUGUGGCCUCACUACCCGACGCUGGCCCGCAGCCCCUCAGCAGGAGGUCAGUCUGACUCCGUCUUCCUGGAUGCACCGGAUGGCCACUCCCUGCCCCCGGCCAGUCCUGGGCGCUACAGCAAAGAUCCUACCUACCCCAACGGGAGCCAGGAUCACCUGGAGGACGACGGGCCCAACGGCUUUCCUCAUUACCUUCAGAACUCUCUACCCAGGCGAAGCCAUGGACACAAUCAUAACCAUGCUCUGCCAGAGUAUGUCAACCAGGACGUGCAAGAUCUGCGGCUGGUCAUCCCCGAGCGGCCCACUACGCUCCCCCGUAAGGGCUCCAGGAUAGACAGACCCCUCCCCAACGGCCUGAGCUCGGGCCACAGUGUGGAAAACCCAGGUUAUCUGGUCCCAGUUGGCUCCACUUCGCCUGCCUUUGACAAUCCCUACUACUUAGACUUCAUUGCUAAAGCCAAAGGCGCCCCUGGGGCCGGGGAGGGGGACCAGACACCGGUUCCGGAGAGCGACAGAAGAGCCAGCAGGCCCGUGAAUGGGUUUGUGACUCCCACUGCAGAAAAUCCAGAGUAUCUCGGACUAGCGGACACCUGGAGUGGACAUACCUGA